GACGCACUUCUCCGUUCCCUUUCGAGGGAACGUGAACGCAGCAAGCAAACUGCUUCCUUGUCCCGUUUGGUUCCUGGAUGUUUACAGCGGCUCUCCGGCGGUUUCGAGAGAAAUGGAGAUCUUACAGACACCGCUUCGUGCCCUGGGUUGUGUUUAACCUGUCGAAGAAUGAGAAGACCCUGCGGCGGGUGACGGAGCCCUCAGAAGACAAAGUGAUCCCAGAUGAGCAGGUCUCGCAGAGCCUCCUGGGGCUCUCCAGAGCCCUACUCAGGAACAGCGGGGGGCUGCUCCUGGGAGCCCACACGAACUUCCCGCCCCGGUUUCCGCUUCACCGGGAGCAGAACGAAGGAGACGUUCUGUUUCAAACUCUGGGAUUCUGCAUCGAGAGGAGGCCCAGUUCUUUAGCCUUUGCGGGAACCGGGGUGUUUGUCACCAGAGGAGUCGUACCCAAAGGAGCAACAGUUGCCAUGUAUCCUGGUACAAUUUAUCAGCCCUACGAGCCCAUCCUCCUUCAGUCCAUCAGAAACCCCUUCGUGUUCCGCUGUAUUGACGGGGUCCUGGUGGAUGGGAAUGACAGAGGCAUCUCCAGGAUGGUGUUCAGGUCGUGCAGUGGCAGGGACAGAAUGGGCCCGUACCUGACAAGUGACGCCAGCUGGCUGACGGACAGUCCGCUCAACCCACUGGCCGUGGGUCAGUACGUCAACAACUGCUCCAACGAAAGGCCCGCCAACGUCUGCUACCAGGAGUACGACGUCCCGGACAGCUUUCCCCUGGAGCUCCGCCAGUAUCUGCCAAACGUCAACUACAGCCAGCACUGUACCCAGAGGCCUCUGCGCUGCGUGGUCCUGGUGUCGCUCAGAGACAUAAGAGCAGGAGAGGAACUUUUCUCCAACUACUACACCAUUGUGCGCUGAAAAUAGUCACAUUUUCUUACCAAAAAUAAAUAAAUAAAGAGCAAAAAAGCAACACAAUAA